AACGCACGUCUAGUCGCCUUGAAAAAUCCAUUGGCACCAGAGGUCAAUAGGGAGGCACUAGUUCCAUCUACACCUGUAUCCAUAACCUUUCCUACCACCUCACGAACUUACAACAAUGGGUGCCUCUCGUGCCGAAAAGGAGCUCUACUUCGUUAAGCUCAAGGAGCUGAUCGCGAAGUUCCCCUCCAUCUUCAUUGUCAAUGUCGACAACGUCGGAUCGAACCAGAUGCAUCAGAUCCGUGUUGCCCUCCGUGGCAAGGGUGUUGUCCUCAUGGGCAAGAACACCAUGGUUCGCCGUGCCCUCCGCGGGAUCGUCUCCGAGUACCCCUCUCUCGAGCGUCUCCUCCCCCACGUCAAAGGCAACAUCGGCUUCGUCUUCACCUCGAGUGACCUCGCCGACAUCCGUGACAUCAUCACCGCCAACAAGGUCGCCGCUCCCGCUCGUGCCGGUGCCUUUGCUCCUCUCGAUGUCACCAUCCCCGCUGGUAACACCGGCAUGGAGCCCGGAAAGACCUCUUUCUUCCAGGCCCUCGGUAUCCCGACCAAGAUCGCCCGUGGUACGAUUGAAAUCGUGUCCGACGUGAAGGUCGUCACUGCCGGUUCCCGUGUCGGUUCGUCCGAGGCGACACUCUUGAACAUGUUGAACAUCUCGCCGUUCACGUACGGUAUGACCGUCGUCCAGAUCUACGACCAGGGUCAGGUGUUCGAGCCCAGUGUUUUGGACGUCGAUGCCCAGGAGUUGGUCGACAGGUUCUUGACUGGUAUCAAGACUAUUGCUGCCCUCUCGCUCGCGUUGAACUACCCCACCAUCGUCUCGGUGUCGCACUCGCUCGUCAACGCGUACAAGAACCUCAUCGCCAUCUCGUUGGCCACCGACUACACCUUCGAGGGCUCCGAGAAGGCCAAGGAGUAUCUUGCCAACCCUGAGGCGUUCGCUGCUGCCGCCCCUGUUGCCGCCGCCGCCGAGGCUGCCCCCGCUGCUGAGGAGGCCAAGGAGGAGGCCAAGGAUGAGGAGGAGUCCGAUGACGACCUGGGCUUCGGUCUGUUCGACUAAGCGCCACACUGGGAUACAUGUAGCCAUUUAUGUGUACGGUCUCUUUUGGGAAAUGACGAUGAUGCUCCAAAAACUCUUGCUAGCGGGCCGUUGAGAUGUGUGAACCAGACCGUCGUGUGCUCCAGCGAUGAAAACUGAUGGCAGAUGCUGAGCUCGAGAUAUUCUACUCGUCUGCCUUCAGGGCGGUUGGGCAUUACUUAUCUAAUCCGGCCUUGAGGGAAUUGACGCCAUACAUCUUUAUUUUAUCUGACGAAAUACAAUGCUUGAUACGAUCCCAGCUGGCCUUCUUCUGGAUGGGGCCUACAUACGCC